GAGGCGGCGGGAUCGAUUUCCCGAUCCACGGCCGACUUGCCUGGAUCGACAUCAUCGUGCGACGUAUCCAAUGGCGGUAUUUCGCUGGUAAAAGUGAAUUUUUCCGCAGCUUUCGGGUAUAAAUAUAAAUGUUGAUCUCAGAGCUGCGCGGGGACGCGCCGGAGUAACGGCACGUUUUCGUCGUCGCCGUCGCCGCCCGCUGGUCAUGUAACGAUCCCGGACACGUCGCCGUUGAUACGCGCCCAGGCCCGUCUGAAUUGAAUGUCGGGGUGCCCGCCGAUGUCACGUCCAGAAUAUCCCGCCGCAGCGAGGCCGAGCAUGAGCCGCCGUUGAGUACCGCGUCACCGCCGAAACAGUCCGCGUAUAUCCGCCCGAAGGAUGGGUUUCUCCACGAGCCUGCAGGGUCAGGCGUCGCACGAGGCGCUGCUGGCCCGCCAGGACACCGAGAUCAAGCUGCUGGAGACGAUGCGACGUUGCCUCACGAUGAAGAUCAAGUCCGACCGGGAGUACGCCUCGACCAUUUCCUCGCUUACCGUCCAAGGAAAGAAGAUCGAGCGCAACGAGGACCUCGUCGGCAGCCUCAUAGCGCAGAGCUGGAAAGACAUAAUGGACUCGAUUGAUCAAACGGCCAAGUUGAUCAAGCAGCAGGCGGAUUCUAUUGAAAAUAUCAUUGUGGAGCAGUUGAGUACAUUGUACUCGGAACGAAGGAGAGCCAGGAAGCUGUACCAGGAGGAGCAGAAUUGGCUGAAUAAUCAGUUUCAGCAGCUGAUGGACGAUGUAAAUAGGAAAAAAAUGGAGUAUCAGAAGAAUCUGGAGAUGUACAAAUUGAUGAGGUCACGAUUCGAAGAGUAUUACGUCAAGUCUGGUAGAGGUGGCCGCAAGUUAGAUGAAGUAAGAGAAAAAUAUCAGAAGGCAUGCAGGAAGCUUCAUCUGACGCACAACGAAUACGUACUGCUGCUAGGCGCUGUGACGGAAUGCGAGCUCGAUUUAAGGACUUGUUAUCUGCCAAGUUUGCUUCACCGGCAACAGGCUAUUCAUCAAGAAUUCAUAACUUCAUGGAAAGGAAUACUUCAGGAUAUUGUUAAGUAUACAGAUUUGACAACAGAGAAAUUUGUAGAGAUCCAUGUAAGAGUAUUGAAGGCAGUCGAUAAUAUUAAGCCUAUCGAAGAGUAUAGAGAUUUUAUUGGAAAGCACAAAACUAGGCCAGCAUCUCCGAUCAGAUUUACAUUCGACGAGAACCUCGUGGAUGACACCUCAGGGAAAUUGUUGCCAAAUAAGCUGACUGUUGAUAACUUGACUAUAGAUUGGUUGAGAAGCCGCCUCACGGAACUCGAAACUUCUCUAAAAGCCACGCAGCAAAAUCGACAGAGCCCGCAAUUCUCGCAGGAAAAUAAUAGCGAUUCUAGGAUGUCUAUCUUGGACUAUUCUCGCGAAAGAGAAGAGCUGAGAUUACGUUGUCAAGAGAAAAAAUUACAAAGACAAGUGGAUGUCAUUAGAGGCGCUCUCAACGAACUGGGCUGUGAAGAGCUACCUUCGGGUUGCGAUCUUUCCAUGGAAGGUUCUUUCACCGAGUCACCUGCAAUUAGUAAAAGAAAUACAGUCGCAGACAACGGUCUGUUCACACUGAGGAGAAAUCAGCGGUUCAUGACAAUAUUAAAAUCACCCUUUAAAUCCCUGCCGGCAAUUAACAACUCGAAAAACGGAAUGAUUAGGGCAAAUAGCGAAGGGCCUACAGCUAAAGCAAUCAAAAAUAUCCCCCCUGUUGUACCGUUACGUGGAAUCUCGCAUUUAACUAACAACCAAAAAAGUAACGGAAACGGCAGUCCUCUGAUGGAAGAGGAAUGGUUUCAUGGGGUAUUACCGAGAGAAGAGGUCGUAAGAUUACUCGUUAACGAGGGGGAUUUUUUAGUACGCGAAACAAUAAGAAACGAAGAGUGUCAGAUAGUUUUAUCUGUUUGCUGGGACGGGCACAAGCAUUUUAUUGUACAAACGACACCAGAGAUUGCAGUAAAGAGUACGUUAUUGCAGGGACACUAUAGAUUCGAAGGACCCACAUUCCCGUCUAUUCAAGAAUUAAUCAGGCAUCAAUGGGUGUCGAGCUUGCCGGUGACCAGUCGAUCUGGUGCUAUUCUUAAGACGCCAAUUUUGCGCGAGCGGUGGGAACUUAAUAACGAUGAUGUCAUCCUUUUGGAGAAAAUAGGUCGAGGAAAUUUCGGAGACGUUUACAAGGCGCAACUGAAGACUUGUAAGACCGAAGUGGCCGUUAAAACAUGCAAGGUAACGUUACCGGACGAGCAGAAACGCAAGUUUUUGCAAGAGGGAAGGAUAUUGAAGCAGUACGAUCACCCGAAUAUAGUCAAACUUAUCGGUAUCUGCGUUCAAAAGCAGCCGAUCAUGAUUGUGAUGGAAUUGGUGCCCGGUGGUUCGUUACUUACGUAUUUGCGGAAGAAUGCUAGUACAAUAACACAACGGGAGCAAUUGCGUAUGUGCAAGGAUGCUGCAGCUGGUAUGAGCUACUUGGAAUCUAAGUAUUGCAUCCAUAGAGAUUUAGCCGCUCGCAACUGCCUCGUAGGAUAUGAAUGCAUAGUCAAGAUUUCCGACUUCGGAAUGUCAAGAGAGGAGGAAGAAUACAUAGUUUCGGACGGUAUGAAACAAAUUCCCAUUAAAUGGACUGCACCAGAGGCUUUGAAUUUCGGUAAAUACACAUCGCUCUGCGACGUCUGGAGUUACGGGAUUCUCAUAUGGGAAAUAUUUUCUAAAGGCGGCAACCCCUACAGCGGCAUGUCUAAUUCACAAGCGCGCGAGAAGAUAGACGCGGGGUAUCGAAUGCCAGCUCCGGAAGGAACACCUGAAGAGAUCUAUCGAUUAAUGCUGCGAUGCUGGGACUACGAGCCAGAGAAACGGCCGCAUUUUGAACAAAUAUACACUGUGGCCGAGACAUUAUCGCAAGCGUAUCUAUAAGUAUUGAAGAGUAUUUUAUGGCCAAUAAGAAGCAUAAAUUGGUGCUAUAGCUUCCUCACACUUAUUUUGUAUAUUUACAAGUCAUGAAACUUCGUAAUAAUUUAUAUUGAGCUUUAAAGAUAUGAAAUGCUCACAACCAAACCGUAUUUUAUCUUACAAAUACACAUAUGAUAUAUCAAGAAAGAGUGUGGCGUAACUUUUGUUUGAUCCUGAUUAGAUACUUCUGAUGCAUUGAAUAAAGGGAAUCUUAACUCGUGAUGCCUUAUAAAACAAAUUCCAGUUGUUAAAUCUUUUCGAGAAAACAUUUUCAAGAGUGAAUACCAUAUAAAGUUUGGAAGCCAUUUGGAAAGGAUUGUUCGAUAUAUGUAUAAGAAAUUAAAAGCAUUUUUUAAGUAAACAAGAUUGAACGAUGUAAAAUGACAAGAAUAGUCCGAUGACUUAUCAGAUCACGGUAUGUAGCAAAAAACGAUUAUUCUACUCUACAUUAUUUCGUCACGUUUUUCUUCGACAUACUAUGUGUAUGUAUAUGUACGUGUGUAUAUAUUUAUCAGUAUAAAACGUACUACUAAUUGCCAUUAUAUACGUCAUUACAAAAUCAUGUCAAUGUGAAUGCUAUUGUUUAUGUUUUUAAUUCGUAAUGUUUAAUUAUUGUUGUAUAAAUUAUUGUAUUUCUCCGUCCACGUUAUAAUUCAAUUUAUUUUACAAUUAAUAUUGUUGUCACCUACAUAUAUAUAUAUAAUUUGUGUAUAUAUGUAUUUUUAUUACGUAAUCACGAAUAUUACGUAGCAGGUGGGCUUUAUUUAUUCAAUUCUAUCGUUAUCUAUGUAUUCUCUUUAAUAUAUUAAAGUGUUUCCCGGAUGUACAUACAAUUAGCAUAUGUACAUUAAAUUUUGUAGGAUUCGAAUGUACUUUAUAUUUGUGUAUUUAGUGUAAAUUUUGCCAUUUUUCAUGAAAAUCAAAAACACAGUGGAAACAUCGGAGAUUUGUAUAUAAAGUAUACGAUAACAAUUCUACAUACUUAGAAUUUUUUAUAUUUGCAAAAUUUUCAGUAUAUAUAAAAGUACAUAGGUGGUAUUUAAGCAAUGUAUUUGUGUUAUCGUAUCGUAUAUUAAUUCAGUUAAUGAUUUGUAGUAUGGAAUCUCACUGAAAAAAAAGCAAAAUAUCGCGAAAAGACUAAUGUUGUUGACUUCCUAGUCUUCAAAGAAUACCUUGGUCUUACAUAAGCUAUUAAAGAGGGAAAAAUGGAAAAUUAAGAGUCUUGCAGUAUGAUAUCCUAACUAUAAGAACUUUUCUUAUUGCUUUGAUGAUAAGCUUAUAUUUUUAAAUUACUGUGUAAUAUAUAAUUGUGUUGAGAAUGUAAAUGCAUGUAUCCAUUUUGUAGUUUAAGUGUAUAAAAUUUAAACAGCUAUAACGUUCAACGUUCUUCCAAAGCUAAUAAGAUUUCACAAGAUUCUUGUAAUUUAGAUGUUCCGUUUCUUAUUCGAGUGACACACCAAUGUUACACAUUGCACACAAUUACAAGCAGUCUUUAUGUAUGUAGUUUACGUAAAACUCCACUCUGAAAAAGUCCAUUUUAACAUAAUGUAAUUCUCGUAUACCAUAGAUAGACUGUGGCAAGCAUGGUGGAGAGAUGUACGCUAGAUUGGUAAGCCACAGAUCCGAGUUCCAAUUCUAGCAAGGAUUUUAUUCAGUUGCCCACCUCUUAGGAGGAAGUGGUGACUCAAGGCCCUCUAGGGAAGAGAGCGGGGCGGCAUCUCGUUUAAUUAGGAUGUGAUUGACGACUUCGUGUAGACACAGUUUAUUACUUGAUAUAAUUUACGUGCAAUUAUAUGAAAGACAUUUGUUUUCGUACGUAAAUACUCAAUAUUGAUUGUAUAAUAAAUUAAUAAAGAUUAUAUAUAUUA